AACUGUGACAGUGUGUGUGUGGAGGGCCGAUGGGGCCCAGACUGCUCCUACUCCUGUACCUGUGAGAACGGAGGCUCCUGCUCACCAGAGGACGGGACGUGUGUGUGUGCCCCCGGAUACAGAGGCACCUCCUGCAGACGCAUCUGUUCUCCAGGGUUCUAUGGUCAGCGCUGCAGUCAGUCCUGUCCUCAGUGUAUCCAUAGCGAUGGUCCCUGUCACCACAUCACAGGACACUGUGAGUGUCUGUCAGGAUUCUGUGGCUCUCUGUGUAACCAAGUGUGUCCCAGUGGCAGGUAUGGGAAGGGCUGUGCAGAGCUGUGUAUGUGUAGUAACAACGGGACCUGUAACCCCAUCGAUGGCUCCUGUCAGUGCUACCCAGGAUGGAUUGGAGAGGACUGCUCUAAAGUGUGUCCCCAGGGUGCGUGGGGUCCAGACUGCAUCCAUACCUGUAACUGUCACAACGGGGCUCAGUGCAUCGCUACAGACGGACAGUGUAGCUGCAGCGCAGGGUGGAGCGGACUCUACUGUACACAACGUUGUAGUUCUGGGUUCUUUGGUACCGACUGCUCGGAGGUGUGUCGGUGUCAGAACGGAGCGGACUGUGACCACAUCACUGGUCAGUGCUCCUGUCGGACCGGAUUCAUCGGACACAGCUGUGAACUCAAGUGUCAUCCCGGUACGUUUGGCUACGGCUGUCAGCAGCUGUGUGUGUGUAUGAACAACGCCACCUGUGACUAUGUGACUGGAACCUGCUACUGCAGCAUCGGAUACAAAGGCAUCCGCUGUGACCAGGCUGCCCUGAUGAUGGAGGAGCUGAAUCCUUACACUAAGAUCAGCCCGGCCUUGGCAUCAGAGCACCAGUCAGCUGGCGCUGUCAUGGGCAUCAUCUUCCUCCUCCUCUUCAUCAUGACCGUGUUGGGGGUGGUGGUGUGGUGGCGGCAUCACCAGAGAGAGAAAGGAGGGCAGCACAUGCCCAGUGUGUCCUACAGCCCUGCCCUGAGGAUCAGCAGUCAGGGUUACUCCCUCUCUGACUACAUGAAGGGUUCCCUGUCCAGCACCUGCUCUCUGAACAGUGAGAACCCCUACGCCACCAUCAAUGACCCGCUGGCUGUGGCCUGUAAACACACAGAGAGCAGCUAUGUAGAGAUGAAGAGUCCUGUCCACCACGACAUGUCCUACUGCUCCUCUGCUAUAGUCACCACCACCGCCACACACACCUCCAGCAAGAAUGUCUAUGAUGUGGAACCCAAGGUGAGUGUUCUCCAGGGCUGUAACGGUGUGGUGGUUCCCACGUACCCUCAGAACCCGUACGACCUCCCCAGGAACAGCCACAUCCCCAGCCACUACGACCUGCUGCCCCUGAGACACAGCCAGAGCUACAGCCCUACACACAGCCAGGACCACAGCCACCAGAGCCACAGCCCACCCUUGCCUGGCAGCCCUACCAGCUCCCUGCUAUAGACAGACCACUCCCGAACGCUGGGCCGCGACCUUAGACCUAUGACUUACUGUUGGGGCACGGUCUGCUCCAUCUGGGGUUGCGGAUAAAGACUGUAAUGUGACUAUAGAGACAAAGUACCAGUGCAACAUCAAUGUUGGUGGACAUACUAGAUUAUAUACCAACAGAAGCUCUGUGUGGACUCACUGCUGUGUGGACUCACUGCUGUGUGGACUCACUGCUGUGUGGACUCACUGCCGUGUGGACUCACUGCUGUGUGGACUCACUGCCGUGUGGACUCACUGCUGUGUGGACUCACUGCUGUGUGGACUCACUGUCGUGUGGACUCACUACCGUGUGGACUCACUGCUGUGUAGACUCACUGACGUGUGGACUCACUGCCGUGUGGACUCACUGAUGUGUGGACUCACUGCUGUGUGGACUCACUGACGUGUGGACUCACUACCGUGUGGACUCACUGCUGUGUGGACUCACUGAUGUGUGGACUCACUACCGUGUGGACUCACUGCUGUGUGGACUCACUGACGUGUGGACUCACUGACGUGUGGACUCACUGCUGUGUGGACUCACUGACGUGUGGACUCACUGCUGUGUGGACACACUGCUGUGUGGACUCACUGCUGUGUGGACUCACUGCUGUGUGGACUC